AUGGCCGUGAAAGCGGUGCACAUCGAAGUGGUCUCUGAUCUUACAACUUCGGCAUUCCUUGCGUCAUUGCAGCGUUUUAUUGCUCGCCGAGGAAUACCUUUGGAAAUAUACUCAGACUGUGGUACCAAUUUCCAAGGUGCCGCAUCUGAAUUGCGUCGGUUGUGGUCAGAUCCUGAAGCACAAAACAGUGUCUCAAAUGCUGUGCCGUGUAGGUGGCACUUCAACCCAACGGCUGCUCCCCACUUCGGGGGAUUGUGGGAGGUAGCUGUUAAAUCCAUGAAAACCCACCUGAAACGAGUAAUUGGCACCCAACUGUUAACAUUUGAGGAGAUGUGCACUAUAACUCAACGAAUAGAAGCCAUACUAAACUCACGACCAAUAACACCCCUUUCGUCAGAUCCGAAUGAUUUACGAGUGUUAACACCAGGUCACUUCCUCACAGGUGCACCUCUUGUCACGCUGCCUGGCCCCGAUGUGACGCAGAUUCCGAUGAACCGUCUCAACCGAUGGCAGCUGUUGGAUCAAUUUCACCAAUCGUUGUAG